CAAAAGAAAUUUUGGGGAUUUUGCAAAUCCAAAAACCCUAACCUAAUCCCAAAAUUCCCUUCUUCUUUCUCCAAGCGGAGGUUUGGUUGUGCUGAGAUGCGUAUGGAAGCGAUGCAGAUUUCAGGUAUUGAUGAAAAUUCAUCAUCAUCAUCAUCUUUAAUACGAGUACUUUACAAUAUUGAUUUUCUGAAUCAAAUUCUAUUGUGCUUACCAGUAAAAUCACUUCUUGUUUCUAAAUCUGUAUCAAAACAAUGGUUAUCACUUAUCUCUAGUCCAUGUUUCAUUAAGAAUCAUUAUAUUCGUAAUAAACAUUCAAAACCUGGAUUUCUUUCCCUCAACACUCUUUACGGUAACGUGAAUUAUGAUUCAGUUUUACUCAAUGAAAGAAUAACCAUUAAUCGUAGUAUCAUUUUUGAAUCCCAAGAUCAUAAACCAUUAGUGAUGGAACAUUCUUGUAAUGGGCUCUUUUUGUGCUGUGAGUAUGGUGGAGGUUCAUCUUAUUAUAUCUACAAUCUCUCAACCAAAUAUUACAGAAUCAUUCCCCCAGAUCCGGUCUUUUCUUGUCUUAGCAUUAGUCUAGUUUUCGAUCCACUGAAAUCACUUAAUUAUGAGGUUAUCUCUAUUGGUAAAAUUGAUGAUAGUUAUCGGAUUGCAAUCUACUCUUCGGCAACAAAUUCUUGGAGAAUCUGCGAAGCUAGAUAUUAUUUUCCUAAUUCUGUCCACUUCUAUAAGUGUCCGGGUGUUUUUUGGGAUGGUUAUUUGAAUUGGAUUAACUUGGGCGAUAAUACUUCUUCUUCUUUUAAUAUUGAUCGACAAGUACUAAUAACAUUACCGUUUAGUGAUGAAAUGAGCGAUGAACAUAUAAUAUAUUUUGGAGAGUGGAUGGGUUAUAUGCAGCUUAUUCUAAGUGAUCAGAAAUUGCUUCAUUGCUGGGACAUCUUCGAGAUGGAGAUUAAUUAUGUUGGGUGGAAACUAAAAUAUCGUGUCAACCUUGAUGAAUUAAAAAAUUACUAUUCGAUUGAUGGUUUGUAUCCUGACCAGAGUUUCCAUGUAAUGCUGGUUGUGGAUGAGUUGAAAGCGUUGAUACAUUUAACUGACGGCAGGAUUCUCUCUUAUGAUCUCAAGAAAAAGAGCUUCAAGGAAAUUUGCAAUUUUCCAAUGAGUCAUCUCGAUAUAUCUCAUGUCUAUACCGAAUCACUUGCUGAUGUUUGAUUAGCUUACUUCACAGUACCAAGGUUUGGGUCCUUAUGAUUGCAUUAGAGUGACUAGUGAUUGUGAGUCAACUUCAAACUAAACCUUGGGCCACUGAUGUUGAACUGCCAUUCUUGCUGCUAGCAGUAAUCCCCAUGUUUCCGCUAAAAUGGCUGUUGUUAUCCCUAGAUGUGCCGCCAUCGCUUUCAGUACAUUGCCUUCAGAGUUCCUGCAUAUGAUAUUAUGAUUCCUGCUCCUUCCAUUCCCGGGUUACCUUUUGCUGCUCCGUCCAUAUUGAUUUUUUAUCCAGUGUAGUCCAUCCGAUGAAGAUAGUAGUUGUAGUUGGUCUUGGCUUUUGUUCUUGGCAUUGAUAGGCAGGCUGCCAUGGAGGAGGCAGGAUGAUUGUGGGCCCAUUGAAAUUCGUCCAACAGUUACCACUGUGAUUUGAAAAGUUUGUUGUGGGGUUUGUGGUUUCUGCUUGUAAAUCCUUGCAUUCCGUGCUAGCCAUAUAUGCCAAGCCGUGAAAACGCAUAAACUUUGAGUAGGUCCUGGCAAGGUUUCUGCUUGUAAAUCCUUGCAUUCCGUGCUAGCCAUAUAUGCCAAGCCGUGAAAACGCAUAAACUUUGAGUAGGUCCUGGCAACAGAUUUUUCAAUCGUAUCUUAGUUUCCAUGUGGUGAUGGCAACAGAUUUUCCAGACAUAAUCUGUUUUAGUAUAUAUGUUUGUGAAACUUGGAUGUUUUGGGGUUGAAUGUUGCCUAGUUUUAUCCAUGUAAAGAAGAUGGGCAACUUAGAUCAAUAUUUCAGAUUCUCGUACUAUGUCAUUUGUUUAUUAGUCUCUCCUUAU